AUGUCAAAAAGUAUAUUUAUAUCUACUCUUGUUAAUGGUGAAAAAAUUAACCGAACAUUUUUGAUUUACUCAGAAAGUAAAGGAUCAAUAUUUUGUGCUCCCUGCUAUUUAUUUGGUGGCACUACAUCGUUUGCCACAGUUGGUUUUUCAGAUUGGAAAAAAGGAGAAGAAAAAAUCAAGCGUCAUGAAAAUUCACAACACCACAAAUUGUGUGUAAUGAAUAUGAAAGAAAGAAAAGAAGUAUUAAAUCGAGUUGAUCAAAAGCUAAAGUAUCAAGUAGAAACAGAAAUAAAUUAUUGGAAAAAUGUAUUGACAAGAGUUGUAGCUGUUGUGAAAUCCCUUUCUUCUCGUGGAAUGUCUUUUAGAGCACAACACAUUGAGAAGUUUGGAAAUAAAGGAAAAGGUUCAACAUCAUACCUAUCAUUUAAUAUAUAUGAGCAGUUCAUAAGUAUAAUGGCAGAUAAUGUUAUUCAGCAAAUGGUGAAAGAAAUAAAGGAAGCUAAAUACUUUUCCAUCAGUAUUGAUUCUACUCCUGACAUUAGCCAUGUAGAUCAACUGUCAUUCAUUUUUCGGUAUGUUCAAAAGAAUGGCUGUCCGGUAGAAAGAUUUUUAGGGUUUUUACCUAAUUCUGGUCAUAAAUCUGAAGAAUUAGCAGAUGCUGUAUUUUUAGUUUUAGAAUCGCAUGGAUUAGAUAUUAAUAAUUGUCGUGGUCAAAGUUAG